AUGCUCCGAAUGUCUUCCCCUAAUAAAAAGCCUAUUGUUGCUCUCUUUAAAAAGAAUGGAGAAAAUGGUGGAAGCAUUUUGAUUCAAGGGUCUAAUGGAAACGGGAAUCAGUUUCAGGGAAAUUAGAAAUAAGUUCCUAAUCUCAUUAACCAGCAGAAUCAACAAAUCCUUGCUAAAUCUUAGAUUAACUUUUUCGAAAUAUAAACUAAGGAGAAACCACCUGGAUUUAAUCAAUAGUAAUAACAGUAACCAAGAUUAGGAACAUCUCACUCUUAAAAAAAUAUGAUCAGAUAAGGACAGUAAAUGAAUGGAAAUAUGUUAGCUUUUAGUGGAUCAACAGUUAAUCUAAAUGGGGUAAAUAACUUUGGAUUAAUUGGAAAUCUUGGAAAUCAGAUAUAGAUGAGUAGUGCUGGCAGUGCUGGAUUAAUUUAUAAUGCUGGAUUAAAACAAAAACUUGGAGGAACUUAGAUUAUAACUCCACAUUCUUAAUAGAAAAACUCAAAAAUCAAAGCAGAGUUCUUUAAAUCAUAAAUGAAGCAAUAGCUAAUUUAAGGUAGUGGAAUAAGUUCAUAAACUAUAAAUAAUAAUACAGCUUCUGUACAAUAAGAUACAUAAUAAGAUUCUGAUGGUGCUAAUCCAAGUAUGUAAAUUGGUGGUGGAGGAAGUGCCAGUAAUGGAGGACACGGUCAUCCUCGUGAUUUACCUGGGAAUGGGGGCAUCAAUCCCGGUUUCUGGACACAGAAUGGUAAUAACUAUAAAAAUGAAAUAAACAAUCCUCUUUACUUCAUCUUCAACAAUAUAGUUCAGAUUCAACCAAGUCAAAGUAUAUAGCAGCCAUAGUUUAUAAGUGGUAUAUUUGGCUCAUCAAUUGGAGGAAAUUCAACUGGAACUUCUCAUGGAAAUUAUAAUUCAAAUAAGAACCUAAAUGCCUAACUUUAACAUGGAUUGCAUAGGGUGUUCUCAUAACAAGACUUAGCUAGCCAGCCUUUAUUACCAUAAUAGUAGAGAUAAGGAAGCUAUCCAAUUUAGUAAAGGAUAGUCUUAAAACAACAGUAAAUAAAAAAGCAUCUAAUGUCCACUAAGGGAGCAAAUAAAUACAAUAGUUAAAGACCAUAGACAAGGGGAUAGGACACAGGUGGUACUUAAACUUUUGCACCAGGCAGUCCUAUUAAAAUUUUUUCACAAAGUACUUCAGCAAAUCAAAAUGAAAACGAGUUCAAUCCAAGACUUUAAAAUGCAAAUGGAAACAUUUAAAAUCAUUAAAAUCUUUAACUAAUGCAGCAAAGAUAAAAACCCUCCACAGGCUAUGGAUCUCGUGCAGCCAACAGAUAAAUAAAUCAGAAUCUGAUUUAAGCGACUUAGGGUGCUAAUAAUUUACUGAUGUCAAGUCCUUUAACUAACAAAAACGUUGGCAAUGAAAUGAAUCAAGUAAAUGGAUUGUUGAAAAAAGGCAGAGAAAACACAAAAGGCACUGGAUCAAAGAUAAGUGUAGAGGAAAAUAAUUAUGAUAAUAAUGAAGGUAUCGAUAAUAAUAACAAUAAUGAAGAUGAUGAUGAACUACUAUCAAGUAUCCACUCAAUCUAAUAGAAUAAUACAAAUGAAAAGUAAGUGCCAAAGCCACAAGGAUAUCAGACGAUGAGACAAUUUCAAUUCCUUAGAAAUGACAGAGAAGAGGAAACUUGCUUCAAUGAUCUCUAUUCUACUUUGUUUUCCAGUCUCGAAUGA